AUGCUGAUUUGUUUCUCGCCUCUGCGGUGUUAUUUAUUUUGUUUUCAUUAUCCAUUAAACGCACCGUUUGGACUUGACCGAGUUAACUCCAAAGGUCCAAAUCCCUCACAAACUCGGAAAACUGAGUGUCCCCAAAAGCGCACGAUAGAAACCGAUCUCUUUGUUUCUGGGAGCUUUCCUUUCUCCCCUUUUAUUUAAACCUAUCUUCUCAAAUUCCUCCCAUAGUAGCUGUGAAGAUCGAAGAUUUGUGCUUCGCUCUCUCUCUAUUUCCUUGCGGAAUAGAUUCCUAAGUCUCGCUAUUUCUAAGUGCUGGUUUGGAUUUUCGCUUGAAAAAUCCUGGAUUUCGUCGAUUUUCGGUCCAAUUUCAGGUAUCCAGUAUUUUUUUGGUGCUUGUAUAACAAGUUUAUUCAAGACAAUAAGCAGCGGUAUUCUUAAUCGGUGCUCCUGUGAUAAGUUAAUCGAAAAGAUUGUAAUCAGCAAUGAGGGGAUAUGAUAGAGAGGAAGUUGAAGACUACGAUGAUUAUGACAUGGAGGGUGAAUAUCAAGAUAAAGAUGUUGAGGACGAAGAGGGGGAGGAAUAUGAAGAAGAGGAAGCUAGGCAGCCUACAAAAGAAGAAAUGGAAUAUCUAGAGUUAAGGCAGCGGCUGAAAGAUUCUAUCAAACGAAAGAGGAAACAAAGUGCUGCUGCACUUUCUUCUCAAGAGAAGAGGCUUCCAUAUAACAACUUUGGAUCCUUCUUUGGCCCUUCUCAGCCAGUUAUUGCUCAAAGAGUUAUCCAAGAGAGCAAGUCAUUAUUAGAAAACCAGAAUUUGGUGUCAAAGAUGUUGAGUUCCAAUCAAUCUAGUAAAAAGAACUCUGCUUCAAACAGUGCUGGACCAAAGCUUGGACAACGUGGCCAGGCACCCAAAGCUACAAGUGAGCACAGAAAGAAAGCUGAGAAACUUAAGGUUGCAAGAGAUUACUCAUUUCUAUCAGAUAAUGCAGAGGUUCCAGCUCCUGCAAAAGAGCCUCCACCUCGAAAUGUUUCUGUUCCAACUUCUGAGGCACGAUCAGCUCAAAUGCCACCAAAAAGCAAACAAUCAUUGGGCAGCAAUAGUGGUAGAAAUAUCCAAGGCAUUCGUGAAGAAAGGAAACCAGUUCCUUUGAAUGGUCAAAUGCAUAAAGCUGGUUCCUACAAGUCUUCUUCUGCCAGUAAACCAUAUAUGAUAUCAAUAGAUUCUAGAAGGCAGGUAGGUGUUAACAAUGGUAUUGGGCCUGGCCGGCCUGUUAGUGUUAAUGGUAUUGGGCCUGGCCGUCCAGUGGGUGUUAGCAAUGGAAUCAAGUCAGGCCGUCCUGUUGGUUAUAGCAAUGGUAUCGAGCCUGUCAGGCCUCCUGGGCCGAAAGGUGUGCCUUCAAAGGUGGCUAUUGCAAAGAUGGAGAGGAGGAUUUCUGCACCAGCUGCUAGAAAUCUCCCACCCAGUGCUCACAAAUCACAUUCUUCGAAGAUGCAUUUAUCUGGUUCAAAACAGCAGUUUGAACUGAAAAAGGGAUCACAAGAAUGUAGCAAGGAUAAAAUCAUGCCCCAAAGGCCUGUGAUAUCAUCAAAGCCUCAGGUAAAAAAGCCAGUUGGGCAAGUUUCAUCUCACUCUCAUUCUACAUCAAAUGUUCUGCGACCCAAGAAAAAGCAAUUAAGUGAAGAUGAAAAGGCUCUAAUGAUGAUCAGAAACAUGUUCCACACCGAUAGAUAUCCAGUCUGUGAUGAUGAUGAUGAUAGUGACAUGGAGGCAAACUGGGAGGAGAUUAUGAAGGAGGAAAGAAGGAGUGCUAAAAUUGCAAGGAAGGAGGAUGAAGAACAAUUGAGGCUGAUAGAAGAAGAAGAGCGGCGGGAGCGGAUGAGGAGGAUGGCCAAAAAGCGCAAGAUUAGCCAGCACUGAUUUGUUGUAUCCAGGAUUCACAAUGGGGGCUGACUGAAAUUCUAAAGUCUUUCUUUUAGUGUUACUUAUCAUGUAAAUACUACAAGUUUAAGAAAGUUUUCAUUUUGUCCCUAUUGAAAUUUAAUAAUAUACGUUAAUUAAUUGUUUUUGGCCGAGAACGAGUACAUUGUUUUUAGGUAAAUUUUAACCCUGUUUAAUAAUACUAGUUACUAGUGAUGUUCAAAAUGGAUUUUAACGGUGUUAU